GACUCACACAUUCAUAUGGAGAUUUGGGUGUAUAAAUACAGGGCAGUGGCAGAGGAGAAGCAGCUCAGAUUCAACUGGCUCUUCAAACUGAGCAGAAACACUGACUCCACAGCAAUGGCACCCUCUGUUUUUGGACAAGCAAACAAGGAGCACCUGACCCCUGCUCAUAAGCUGAGAAAGCCAAUGGUGGAGAAACUGCGGAGAGAUCGCAUCAACACCAGCAUUGAGCAGCUUAAAUCCCUGCUGGGCCCCGAGUUUCUCAGGCAGCAGCCCGACUCCAAGCAAGAGAAAGCUGACAUCCUGGAGAUGGCCGUGUCAUAUCUAAGAAACUGGCACCUGCAGCAGAAGCAGACCAGCUUGACCUCUAGCCUGAUGCCGGCUAGUGACGGUUACUCCCACUGCGUGCAGGAGGCUGUCAGCUUCCUGUCCCACUGUGAGGUCCAGACUCAGGCCCACAGGCUGCUGCUCAGCCACUUUCAGGGCCUGCAGGCUUCCAGCCGGACCAGUCCCUGCAACCUCUCCCCUCCUGGCUCUCCACUCCAUCAGGUCAGCUCAAGCAAGGGUGGAAGCCAGGCCGGCUGUGCUCUGUGGAGGCCUUGGUAACAGCCUGCGAACAGAGAAAGAACUAUGUCUGUGAGUGGCAUGGACAGAAAGUUGAGGACUUAGAGAAGUCUGCUUUCUUCUGCUUUGGCAGGAGAUUCAGCACUGUUGAGUGUUUGAUUUUGUGGUGAAAUCAACACAAUGUGCCAGUACUCCUUUGGAAGGACUGAAAUUAUUUAGUGUAUUAUAUAUAACACAUGCUUCAUUAUUUGGAGUGCUCAUUCCGUGAUUGUGUUAAUUGUUCCUGUGGGAAAACUGCUCCCAGCUUUUUGUUUGCUUUGCAAACAUCAUUGAAUUAUACUAACCACAUUGGUUUAAAUUUAUUUAAGUGUCUGAAACGCUGAUUGAUGUGUUUCCUGUCCAUCCUUGAUACCGAGUGUCACUGAUUGACAUAUUUCAUCAGUUUGCUGUUGAUGAAUCAAAAACAAGCCAUAGAGGGAUCCCAUGGAUCCACCUGUACUGUAAAUCUUAUAAUGAUUAUACUUUAUGCUAUUUGUAACCAUUAUUUGGCCUAUGUGUGAAGGAGCGUUGCUACCGAUACUUUAACCAUUACCUGUCCACUUGUAAUGUUCAUAAUGGAUUUUUUUUUAAAAAAUCUUCUUAAUGAUACCUUUUAUAAAGGCAUUUGCAUUGAUAUCAAUCUUUGUUAAAAGAACCCAUGUUACUGCUUCCCUGAGAAGUUUGUUUUUGAAAAUGUGAAAAAGAAAUAAAUGAGAAACUUCUGAUGAAGUUCUGCAAACGCAAACAAUCACA